UGAACUGCCGUGGACGGUGGAAUGCGGCUGCCGGAGCCAGCGGGCAUUGCCGGGCAGGCGGCCGAGAUGUACGCACCAAGCCGGGGUGACUCCGCGGCUGCUCGGGGUCCGAGUUAACGGAGUUGUUUGUGAGAAGGACGCCUUGUUGGUUUGGCUCGGAGAGGGGGCGACGGCUGUGUAAUAGCACCCCCCUUCGUGGUUUUACAUAGAUUACGUUUGAGGAGAAAGAGGGGGGCGGACUGGGAGCCUCGAAGGAGCAUCAUGGAGCCUCGCAACGCAGCCACCCUCAAGAUCCAAAGAGAGAAACUUGCAAAUGAAACAUCUGAUUUUCAACUGUAACCUUCCCCUGGUGCUCUGCGCACUUAACAAGUUUGUGAGAGACCGACAGCAGCAAAAUGUUUUACGGUUCUUCUUCCGGGGCCAGCAUGUCCCUGCCCUCCAAGAGCCGGCUGAAGCGCCAGAGCAGGACCUUUACGCAGGUCCUGUACCGCACUCUGAGCUACCGCGACCGCGUCCCGGCGGAGGUGGGCACAAACACGCGCGGGGACCGCCGCUCGACGACCGAGCCCCCGGAGCGACCUGCGGACGACCCAGCCGAGCUGUCCCACCAGAGCUCUGCUCCUGGGGUCCUGAAAAUCUUUGGCGACGAGAUAUGCACCGGCGCCAACUACAAGAGCGUCUUGGCCACGCCCCGCUCCAGCGCCCAGGAGCUGGUCAAGGAGGCGCUGGAGCGCUACUCGCUCAACAAGGACGCUGCCCACUCCUACGUCCUGUGCGACGUAAUUGGGCGCCUGGAGGGGGAAGGCGUGAUCGGUGGCGGCGGUGGAUGGCGGACGGAGUGUCUUCGUGCGCUCGGCGACAACGAGAAGCCGCUGUUGCUCCAGGAGCUGUGGAAGCCUCGAGAGGGACACGCCCGCCGUUUUGAGCUACGCAGGAGAGCAGAGGUGGAGGAACUCAAUGCCAAGGAGAAGGACACCAUCACGGCUGGGCCCAAAGCUGCCCAGUUCCUGGCGGCUCUAAUGGGUCGGUCCGGGCUGGGCAAACACCGGAGCUCCCCUCUGCGGUCGGGUCGGGCGGCUCCGUCCGGCUCUAAAGACAUCAACGCCCAGGCCCGCAAGCUGCAGAGGAACCGGGCCAAGGGGACACUGACCUUGCCUCGCUCCAGCAACUCGUCCUUGUGUCGCAGCCUCAGCGAGACCAGCCUCAACCAGCUGUCAGUCGGCGACGAGCCCAAGCGCUACUAUUCCACCCUGCCAGGGCCCUACAGGGGCCGGGAGGCGGCAUGCGGUGGGCGGAAGAAGGAGGAGGCGGGGCAGGGGGGCGUGCGCCACUCCUUGUACCAGUCGCCGCACCUGCUGCUGCUGCAGGGGUACAACAGACAGGACUGCCUGGUGUACCUGCUGAACCGAGAUCAGCACACAGUCGGUCAGGAGACACCCUCGGCCCGUCCCAACAUCUGCUUGUUCUCCCCGGAUGUCCUGCCGCUUCACUGCCGCCUACGUCGCGUCCCCACACUGCGCCGCCACUCCCACAGCGCCAAACCAGAGGACCCGUCGGACCCUCAGCGCUUCUGCGUGGCUGUGGAGCCGGUCCUCAACGCCACCGUCCUGGUCAACUUCUCCCGCUGCGAGCGCUCCACCACGCUGCGCCACGGCGACCUCCUCUCCUUCGGGGCGCAUUACAUCUUCCUAUACAAGGACCCCACGGGCGCCAAGCCCCUCCCCGCCCAGACCCUGGCGCGCCUUCGCAGCCUGGGUCAGGUCUAUGACGGCGGACUGGAGGAGGAUGGGACUUGUAAGGUGUGCGGAUCCAUGCUGAAGGACAGGACGGUGCCAGCAUCAGGCGUCACCCCCGCCAGACGCAGCUUCAGACCGCACCCCGUCAAAUCUCGCUGCGGCGGGGCCAUCACAGCAGCGGUGGAGGCAGGAAGAGGAGGACAGAAGAGGAAGCUACACCUGGAGUUUGAUCCGGCCCAUGAAGACCAGCUGCUGAACCGCAUCAUGUCCCUCAUAGAACCUGGAGGCGACGACCACAAACUGACGCCGGCCUACCUGCUGUGUCUUUGCAUACAACACUCGGCCGCCGCCUUCCCGCCCGGGAGCUUCGGGAAACUUUUGCUGAAGAUCGUGCGGCGGAUCCAGACGGUGGCAUGGGAGAAGACAAAGGAGUUGGCCCAGAAGCAAGCUCAGCAUCAGGACCCAUCCUCUCUGUCCCUGCUCAACAUCUCAGACCUGAUCCCAGACCUGCAAACCAUCUUCUUCUGGAUGUCCAACUCCAUUGAGAUCUUGUACUUCAUUCAGCAGAGAGUGCCGUCAUACACGCACAACAUGGAGAUAUUGCAAGGGUCGAAGGAGUCUCUGCUAUCGGCAACCAUCUCGGCCAACGAGGAGGCCAUGAGCAUUCUGGAGGAAGUCAUCAUGUACACCUUCCAGCAGUGCGUCUACUACAUCACCAAGGCUCUGUACGUAGUCCUUCCAGGUCUUUUGGAUUGUAAUCCCUUCCCGAUGGACAGCUCAGAGCCCUGCUGGAAAGGAGGCGUAGGAUUCCCAGAGCCUGUACGCAGGGUCCUCCAGGUGUUCCAGAGCGGCCAGGAGCUGUUGCAGGGCUAUCAGGUCCAUCCCGAGAUCCAGGCUCAGAUGUUUGCUUACCUCUUCUUCUUCUCCAACGUGUCCCUCUUCAACCAGCUGAUGGACAAAGGUCCGUCCCGUGGUUGGUUCCAGCGUUCCAAAGUGUUGCAGAUGCAGGCGUGUCUGCGGAUGGUGUCCGAGUGGGCCAGCAGAUCCGGUUUGGGCCACCUGGCGGACAAAUUCUUCACCAAACUCAACAGCGUCAUCUCUAUCUUGGCCACGCCCCCCCAGCAGCUCACACAGCUGAGCUGGAGGAUGUUGUCCAGCGAGCACGCCAGCCUCAAGCCCGUCCAGCUGCACCGGAUCCUCACGCAGUACCAGCUCACCGCCGAGACGGGGCCCGUGGCCGCCUGGCAGCCCAGCAGCGAGGACGAGGCCUACAUUUACAGAACAGUGGACCUCCUGGAGAGCUUUGAGAACCACCCGCCCAUCGUGCUGCCCAGCGGCGGCUUCAGCGUGGACCUGGAGGGCGAGCGCGUGGAGGACAGCAUCUACAGGCAGCUGCUCUAUGUGCGACACUUCCUGUGGGGACUGCGUGCCAAGACGCAGGCGCACGCCACGCUCGCCAACGGCAACAGCGCCGCUGCCGAUGCUCAGCAGAGGGAACUGUUGCCCCCGGCGAUGCACAGCAGCCCUCGCUCGGUGACCCCCGGGGACGGCGAGGAAGAAAAGGGGCGGGACAGAGCCGCGGGGCAGCAAACGCACAGCCUGCGGAGAAACGGCGGCGUCCACCUACACCCCCGCCCCCGAGCAGGAGGCGCCGAGUUGUCCUGCCUUCUCACCCCUCCCAACACGCCGCUGUACCCCGAUGGAGGAGGAGGAGCAGCAGGCCCGCCCGUAAACGGCUGUGGCAGCAGAAGCGACGGCAAGAAGGCAAACGGACUCAUCGCCAAUGGCGUGGAAGGGUGUAUUAGUGGGUGUGACUUUCCCUUCCCUGUCUCCUCCCCCGGCGCCCCCUCCCUCCCUGAUGACAUGUGUGUGGUGUUUGUAGUGGAACUGGACAAGGGACCAUACGGACUCGGCAUGGGACUCAUCGACGGCCUGCACACGCCUCUCAACGCGCCGGGCAUCUACAUCCGCACGCUCAUCCCUGAGGGUCCGGCGGCAUCCGACGGCCGGCUGAGGAUAGGGGACCGCAUCCUGGCCGUGAAUGGGACCAGUCUGAUCGGAGCGGACUACCAAAGCGCGGUGGAUCUGAUCCGACUGGGAGGGGGGCGUCUCCGCUUCUUGGUGGCCAAGUCUGACCCGGAAGUCUCAGACAAGAUCAGCGCGUCAUCCUGUUGACCUCACGAGGGUGACGUAAGUCACGCCCGCCCACAACAGGAACUGUCAUUGUUUUCAUCACUCAGCAGGCAGUCUGGUAGGCGGGACUUAAUGUGCCAGCUGUCAGUCAAAAUGCAGAUGAGCAUCACGUGACCCCCCCCCCCCCCCCCACACACACACACACACCCUAGGAGAGACUAAAGGAGGAAUUUGGCUUUUAUUUAUUUUGUUUGUAUGUAAAUAAUGUUUGUAAACAUUCAUUGCUGCUUGUUGAUUGGAUGAUGGAACCAGGCUGUAGCUCCUCCCCUCCACCCAAAGAUCUCAUUUUGUGAUCAUCCUUAUGAAUUAUAACCAACACUUUCUUCUAGUCAAAGACAAACUUUUUUUAAGGGUCCUAUUCUGCUCAUUUUCAAAUAUUGGAUCCCUGUGGGGCACCAAAGUAAGUUUCUUUAAAUAAAACGCUUCAUAAAUAUCAAUUCUGCAUUCUUUUCCUCUUAGCCGAAACGCUCGAUUCCGCAGCCGACCACGCUUACUCUGUUGUGAUUGGUCAGUGGCCACAUCGGACGUCAUCAUAUGGAGGAAUAUUGGCGAAUCCAGCGUGGAACUGUACUUUGUUCACAAAACGGCUGUUGGUGAAGUGGAAGAGCAGAGGUGCAGUGCCCGCAAAGCUCUGCUGUCACACUAGAGGGCAGUGUUGCCCUGAGCGUGAGCAACCACCACGCCAAUGUAGAAGUUGUGAACGUAGACGCUGCGUCUCGGGGGUUAGUCCACUGCUGCUAUACGGCAAUGUAGCCGCCAUAUUGGAUGUGUCAAGGCUGCGCUGUAAAUGAAUACAAGUAUAUGUACUUACUUUCAUAAAGCGCCUUUCUACAAACAAAUCUAAACUAAUCCCUCUCAUUUAUACAUUCACACACGUACUAAAAUACUUCGGCAACAGUUUGAGAAGAUGAAAUACAUUGUUUUUGGUGCCAAACUGUUUCCCAAGGCUAUUAGUGCGUGUGUGAAUCUUUUAAAGAGGCAUUAACUUACAUUUCAGUUUGUAGAAAGGCGCUUUAUUAAGUACAUUUCCUUGUAUUCACUUACAGCGCAGCCUUGACACAUCCAAUAUGGCGGCGACUUUGGUUUACGGAUCAGCGCACGUUGCGGCGUCUGUGUGUAAUCCACUCCCAAAAACGUUGAUUUGGGAAACCACAACAUAUUUGGUCUUUUUUUUUUUAGAUCAUAUACAUGGUGCAAGUAGGUAAUUUAUAAGCAGUCUUUUCUUGGUUCCAUACAUUUUUACACCACUGAAAAAUUACAAAAGCAUUUGCUAGUAAAAUAUGUUUGGAUGGAUGGUAUUUCUCAGUUUAGAAAAAAAAACUCUAGCUAAAUGGAUGAUGGACCUCUAGAAGAAUCCAUCAUUGCACUCUGCUUAUGGUUUACACUUAUAGUACUGCAUUUGAUGUUUUAUUCUAUUUAUUUACGUAUGGUACACGUAACGGUAUAUGACGUUUACGUCUGCGCUACGUGCAUAGCCUACGUUUUUACAUAGUUCACUUUUGUCAUAAGACGAUAACAUCCAUAUGCUAACAAAGUCUUUAAAUAAGAGUCACUAAUAAAAUAACCCCCCAAUAUAUUACAUAUAUGAAGUAUAUGUUCAUACAUGUAAAAAAAUAAAAACUACCACAGCAUGUGACGCCGCAGAAGCGCUGUCGGAAAAACUUGUGAAGGGAGAAAGUGACGUAGGUGCGCUACACGAUUGCAUUUCCCGUACGUAUUGCGCAGAGACGGGAAACCUGCCAGGUUGCCAUCACUCUGAGGGGCUGGACACACAGACCACAGUGAUUUACAGUUAUAAAUAGCAAAAAUAUGUAUUACAGAUUGCGUAAGUGGCGGAGACAGUGUCGAACACUUUUUGUCUGUUGUGUAGAAAACACAACCUGAUGACAAUUUCAGCCCGUUUGCGCGUCGCCAUUUUAUCAGAGAGAUGAUGAAAUAACACCAAAAGCCACUUCCAUCGCCGUUGUGGAACUCAUACUUGGAAAAAGCGCUCCUGAUUUUAUUUUGAACGUUUGGCAACUAUCCAUUUUUGUAACUCUCUUACUUUGCAACAGCUCAUCACUUUAGCGAUGGUAGGGUAUUUGUCUCUGUUAACUCGUUCGCUUGCCCUGCUGCUGCUAGCAAAAUUGAAAAAAAAAAAAAUGCAACAUUGCAUUAAUUGUGCAGCUGUUACUCUAACUGCAUUUAUAUGAAUAUAUGAACCCUGUGGCAAAAGCAACAGAUCUCCUUGGCUCAAAUCAACUCUCCUUUCCACUUCCUGUUCCUGUCUUUAGCCGCUGGCUCGCUAACGCUAACCUAGACUCACUAGACUCACUAGCUAACGCCGCGUGACGGUGCCAACAGGCGAAUCGUGAACCUGAUGUGACCUCACGGGUUGAGUGAAUCGGGCGCAUCUCUGUAUCUGUAUCUCUGGCGACGUAGCUGCCGCACUGAGCGUUGAAUCAUACGUUGUGACCGCCAUAUUGGAUGUGGUAAAAGAGAGAACAGGGAAGAUGACUAAUCCAUGUUCUGCAUGGAAUUGUACCAACCAGUUUCCUGUCCAGACAAGAUCUCACAGGUAAAGCUGAACAAAUACUUCUGAUUGUAUUUGGCCACCAUCGUAUCCUUUUACCAACACAAUUUGUUGACUUGAAUACCGUGGGUUCCCGUGGUGAAACUGUUCCCCAUCACUUCCUGUCGGGAAAGAAGACAAAAAGACAACCUGUUUAAGUCAACGUGGAUUUAAUUUGUGCUACAACAUUCAUCUUAAUCAAUCACACCCACGGGACAUUAAAAAAAAAAUCUACAAUGCAUGUGUUGAUGACAGAUGGUUAUUUUUUUGUUUGCUUGUUUGGUUUUUUGUUGGGUUUUUUUUUUACAGAAAAUAUUUUUUCCAAAUGUAAGAAAAAAAUAGCUCCUAAGAAGCCGGGGCGACGCACGGGACUAAAGGACUUCCUGCGCUGAUGACACGGUCGCGUCGCCGUCCCGCGUUUGUCGCACCGCGGAAGCACACACGUUAACGUUCUAAAAGCUCAGAAGGUUCAAAUAAAAAAAAAGGUUUUUAAGGCUUUUGUCACGAUUUCUGUGCCGAGACAAAACUGUGCACAUGGCGCUCGCUGACUAAAUUAAAACAAUCACUUUGUCUACGUUCAGGUUAGCAACUCCCGACUCCGCCCACUCGCCUCAGUCAAAUUCUUGGUGGCUUCCUCGCCAGUGGAAGGUGAAACAUCGCUUUGGGACCACCACCCAAAUCCAGGAUGCAGUUGGCCUGUUCCCGUUUACCAAGUAGUGUUAAAAGUCCGCUGCAGAAUUUUUGCUUAAAUUUAAAAACUACGAAAAGCCCAUCUUUUGCAUGAGAUGCCCUUCAGGUGUUUUAGUCCGGCAUUGGCGAGGUUUCACUUCCUAAGGUCGUGGCUUUGCGACGCCAUGGCGACGAUGACGGGCUGCUGGGCGGGCGGGACUUGAUGCUCGCUAGCCCCGCCCCCGUCCUCCAUCUUGGGCCGCUUGGCCUGAGGCUCGCCGACCAUGUCACCUAUGCCGGGCUGUCGGCUCAGCAGGACGGGCGGGGAGCUGGAGGCCUGGGCCGCCAAGAUCUGGAGAGGACUGCUCAGACCUGGACAUGAAACGGGGAUUAGACUUGAGCUGCAUUUUGUCUUCCUGUCUGCGGAGCACCUCAUCAAGUCCCCGUCCGCCGUGUUCUUGCCACUAAAAAAGUAGCCUUUCGUCAUCACAACAUCACAUACCCGCUGUAAAAAGGCUGGUUGCCGUGACGACUGCAUCAUUUGUGUGUUUUCCAUUCUGGGUGACGGCACGGACAGGAAGUUGAUGCAGACCUGGCGCCAGGUUGCGUGCGUCCGCCCCCUGCACGGCGCCGUCCACCGUCUGGAUCACCAGCUCUCGGUUGAGCUGCGCCUCUGGAGACGAUAUCGCAGCUGUCAAUCAUCGUGCAACACCCACUUUUUACAGCCGGCAUCGUAAUACCUCUCAGCUCGCUCUUUCCCGCCCCCUGCAUCCCUGGCGCCGUGGUCCCGACAGAGGGGGCGCCGUACCCAUUGGGAGGGGCGCUGGUGACCACACGCAGCAUGGUGACGGAGGACUGUGGCGGGUUCUGGAGAAAGUGGACGGGCUGGACUUGUCCUUGUCCUGGAACGAGGGCGAGGGCCUUGCCCAGCCCGGGGGGCAGGGCUACAGUCGGGUGGGGGGGCGCCGCCAUGAUGACAGGCUGAGCGCUGACUGGAGAACCUGAAUGGAUACGCAUGACUAUCAGAACAUUUACAUCCACCUCUCACACAUUCUCAUCACGCCACACUUCUGUCAAGCUUUGAAAACUACAAACCCUAAACCACAUUUGGUGCCCUAGCUAGAAACUAACCCUAACCCUGGUUGGAAACCCUAAACCACAUUUGGUACCCUAGCUAGAAACUAACCCUAACCCUGGUUGGAAACCCUAAACCACAUUUGGUACCCUAGCUAGAAACUAACCCUAACCCUGGUUGGAAACCCUAAACCACAUUUGGUACCCUAGCUAGAAACUAACCCUAACCCUGGUUGGAAACCCUAAACCACAUUUGGUGCCCUCCUUUCAACCCAAAUCGUAGCCCAAGCUGAAUGAAAUCAGUGUAAAGUAAUGUGGACUAAAAUCUCAGGUAUUUUAAACCCUAAAAAAAACUAGAAAAACGCUAAAAAGUAUUUACGGGCUCACCUGGCGCACUCUGAGAGUAGCGGUACUCGGGUACGGCCGCCAGUUUGUGGGCCAGCUGCUCGUGGUGGUCGGGCGGGACAGGCGACCCCUCCCUGCUCAAACAUUCGGGGGUCUGCAACCCGCUGGAUGGGGGGGAAAGUAGUCCCUGAUGAGUCGGAGAGGCGGGGGCGCUCCUGGAAAACAAAAGAAGAAAGCAUUAAGGGAGGGAUGCCCUCAUUCUGAGCGCGGGGGAGGGACUUACUUGGUUCUGUCCAAUCAAGCGACAGCAAGGAGCAGAGAGGACAAACAAAGACAUUCCAGGAGAUGUAGCGUGCGUCCGGACGUCUCUACAGGUGGGCUUACCUGGACGAGAGCGGUCCGAAGGGCGUCCUGAAGCAGGCAACCCCCCGUUGCCGCCGCUUCCUGAAGGCCUGCUCCACCAGCUUGAUCUCAGAGGCCGAGUCCACACGCCAAAAGCUGCCUUUGCCGGGCUCGUCCUGGGAGCGCGCCACUUUCAGGAAGUAGCGAUUCAGGGACAGGUUGUGUCUGAUGGAGUUCUGGCGGAGCACAAAGACGUUAAAGGGGGCGUCCUGGGCCGUACUGGCCGUCUUUCAGGCGGGGCGACACACACACCUGCCAGCCCUUGUCGGCCGUGCGGUAGUAGGGGUAGUGUUUGGUGAUGUGAGCGUAGAUGCCGCUCAGGGUCAGCUGCUUGUCCGGCGCCGAGGAGAUGGCCUGAACGAUCAGCUGAGCGUAGGAGUACGGCGGCUUGGACUCAUCCUGGACACAAGACACAUCCACAUGCAUGGAGGUGGGCGGGCUUUGUGAAGGGGCGGGGAUUCAUGUCAACACGCUUCAUCACCUUGGGGCUGUCGCCGCCGCCGAUGGCCGACUCCCCUCGCGGCUCACCGGCUCCGCCCCUCUGCUCGGUGGCGCUUCGCCUGUGCUCGCUAAUGGCCUUGGCGGCGUACUCGGCUGCCAGCUGGAGGUCGGAGGUCACGUUGCGGCCGUAGCGGUAUCCCGACGACCCCGCGCCUCUGGGACUCGCCGGGCAGGAGUUGGGAACGCUGAGAGACGAAAGAAAUCACCCAUCACCUCUUUCUUUAUCUUAUUGGCCUAAGUUGGAAGGUCAAAAUAUUAGAAACGGCUGUCAGUAUGAUGCGGGCUUUAUUUAGCAAUGUGCCCUCUAGCGGCUGGUAGCAGUAUGACAUCAGUUUACCGCAUUUUUCAAAAAACCCCCCCCAACUUUCUGAGGAAAAUAAAUUAAAUCAAAAUGUGGAAAUUAUAAAUAUAUUUUUGGACACAACAUUAGUGCGAGCGCUUUAUUGAAAAUGUUUAAAAUAAUGAUAAAAACUGAAAGGCUUGAGAUGAUGAUGAUUAUUAUACACAUUUGACAAAAUUACAAUAAAAUGUCAUUAUAAUAUAAUAAUUACACACACUUAGAAUCAAAUUGGGAUGAUCGUGAUUAUAUAAAAGAAUAACAUUUAGAAGAUAUAUGUGAUGCUGCAUUAUUAUCUGCAAGUGGCGUACAUUUGCAUAGUAAGCGUUUCAGCGCCAUGGUGACAAGUCAGCAUAAAGGCCGAGCGUACGGUGCAAACACGCAACAAUCAGUAACGCUCUGUUAAUUAUUUGCGAGCUUCCAUCGCAGGAAAAUGCAACAACAUCUGCUGCUGUUAGCAAAGUCAACAUAAACACUGCACUGAUUUGCCAUUAGCAACACACACACACACACACACACACACACACACACACACACGCACAUACUGGUAAGAAAUUAAAUGUAUUCUAAUGAUUCACUGUAUUUUUUUUCCCACAUGAAGCAAUUCUGUUCAACUUGGAACAAAAAUAGAAAUGAUUAUAAAUCAUUCAAAUUGUAUAAAAAAUGUAUAUAAAUAUAUAACUUUUGAAGAAAUGCUUUUUGAAAUGAAUGAAACGGGGAUGUUCUGAAUGAGGUCAGCACUUGUCAUCAGGAAUGGUUGUCAUCAGUUGCACAAUGUUGAAGUAGUAAGAAUUCCCCCCAAUGUUGUUGUGGAGAAUGUGGAACUGUGUGAUUUCUUUUCAUCCUGCGUUAUUUUUUUGUAUUUUUAUUUGUAUUCAAAGUUUUAGUAGUGCAGUAUUUGCCACACAGCAUAGCUAGACACCCCUUUAAAGUGCCCCCCACCCCAUGUUGGAACAGACUACUGUGUGUCCAUGUGCGUGGGUGGGGGCAACACUCUAAAAGGAAGCCACCAUGGACGUCAUUUUAAAAAAAAACAAAAAAAACGUUCUCAACAGCAAAACAAUCUUGGACCAAUCAGGAGCCGUGCAGCUGCAGCCCUGCCAUAUAAGGCAUGCUCAUUAGGAGAAAGACUGGGGUGCAGUGACGCUAAAGCACCACCAGAGGACGCGCGCACAACGAAACUGCCGCUGAGCACACGAGACAGCAGAGUUGCUAACACUGGCAGCAGCAGGCAAGGAGUUAAUCUUCAACCAAGAAGGGAAACAAUGUGUGAGAUAUGGACCUUGAAUGGCGCUCAAGUCAACAUUAGUGCACCCGCCCCCGUCCUCCCCUCCUCUUACGCCACUGUCACAUGAUUAUGAAGUAUGGGAAAACAAAGAAAGAUAAUAACUAGACAGCAACGUGGUCACAUGGCAGCACUUAAAAACGUAGGUUUGCCUGAUCACCUUUUUUUUUUAACACUCCCUAUGAUCAAAUGACCUCAUUUGCCUUUUCUACAAAUGACCACCUUUAAGACUUUUGCCGUUACAUAUUAUUUUCAUUUCAUGUUUCAAAUGGAGCAAGAAUGUACACUUCCCCAAAAGUGCACGAGUCCCUGACAUACGAGAAUGAUUAUUUUAGUCUGCUGAGUUCGUCUACAUUGUGUAAAAAUGCCAAUAAAUAAAUACAUCAAAUUCUUUGCAAAGAUUUAGUUUUCUGUUUGUGGAUUUUUUUGAGGAGACCUUUGACUGGCAGAUUUAGGGAUAACAUUUAAUUGUAUUUCACACACAUCACUCCAAUAUUUGUAUUAGUAUUAAAAAUGUAUAUACUGUAUUAGAAAACAUAUACAGCAUAUUAUUUAAAAUCGACAUGAUUUUUU